AAGGGGAGAGUAGAUACUACUCUCGGGCACGGUGCUGACGAAGGUGGAAAUGCGAGUUUAUCCUCGUUAGACAUGCGUUGCUGUUCUGUUCCUCGCGGAAUUGUAACCUCUCUGGAGUGCAAUCAGGAAAAAUCGAUUCUAUCGAUCGUUACGAAGGAAGGCCCGAGUCAAACAGAAAAUCAACAACUCGCGUAUCCGUGGUAACUCGAUGAACUAAAGGGCGGCAUCGGCGGGGGACAACCGUCAGGGUCGUGAGAUCAGAGCGGAGUAGCAGUAAUUGCAGGUGAUUGGCAUACGCGCUCUUGGAGAAUCCAACGAAUCCGGUUCGAUCUCCGCUCGAUCGCCGUUGUCUACGCCGAAGAACGCGUGCAUGGAAAGAGUAGAACGACGUUUGUCGACUCGGUAACCUGAGCACAAUUUGCGGCGUAAUCUUCCUCGUUCUCCGCGUGCUCGUUAUCGUCAUGGGCAAUGAGAGGGAGGAGGUGAAUAUAAUCAACGUCGCGCAGAGACCCGAGAAGAAAACUCUGCUCGAGAGGUACAACAUACCGGUGGAGCAUAUCUCGUACGAAUUCGUAUCGCAGUGCACCGAUGCGAGAACACUGGAGCGAAUCGUUCGCAUCUUGCGUUCUGGGGAAGAGGGAGAGUAUCCAGAUUUGACGAGGCACACGGAGGAGCGUCUCGCUAGGAUUAAACCGACGAGCACCGUACUGAGGAAGGCGGAGCCAGUUUUGAGACGAAAUAUGUUAAAUGCGAACGAACGGCAGGAAAUCGACGGCGACAUUAGCAAUUGGACGUGCGAGAUGCAAUCUCGCGAGAAAGAUUUAGAGGAAGGAAAAGCCAUCCUCGCCAAUGGACAACCCUAUUCGCAUCCGGAAAUUCGAAAGAUUAAAACGGACGCUACUAAGGACAAAAAGAUGAAGAGCAAUGAGAAAAAACGCGAUAAGUCCAAACGAAUUGCCUCGUGUGAUUAUGCGGCUUGGGAUAAAUAUGACGUCGACACGGAAAUAAACAGGAUAGACCUGCACGACGAGCAGCGGCAGGCCGAAAUGAAGAAGAUCCAGGAACAGCGAAGGGAACUGGAUAAAAUGAAUAAGAUGGCACAUAAAGCGAUGAUCGAUAAACUUUCAUUAACCGGAACGGAAAUAAACGUAAUGGCGGAGCAAGAGAGAGAAAAGGGGAACGAAGCCUUCAGAGCGGCUGAUUACGGGGAGGCUCUUCGGCAUUACAACACCAGCAUCGACAUAGAUUCGAAUCUAAAUGCCUACAACAAUCGUGCUAUGACAUUUAUAAAGCUGCAGCGUUACGAGGAUGCGCUUAACGACUGCAACACGGUACUCGCUAUGGAUUACAGAAAUAUCAAAGCACUCCUUCGCCGAGCAUUAUCUCUGGAGCAUCUCGAAAACCCGCACGAGGCUUUGGCAGAUUACGAAGCUGUUUUGAAACUGGAGCCAACCAACAAAACGGCAAUAUCCGGCGUGAAUAAAUUGAGAAAACCAUCCGACUCGAGGAAAAUAAGGAUGAAGAUCGAGGAAAAUAUGAGCGACGACGAAAACACGGGCGGAUGUAUAAAGACGGAGAGAAAUGUGAAAACGAGCAGCACUGAGUGUCCAAAACUGCGUGUUAACAGCGAUAUAUGUUAUUGCGACAGAGCGCCAGGCUCAUCGCGAAGUAUUGCAACGAAGCCGCAUUUGAGAGCGAGUUACUGCGUGGAAACCAAGAGCAACAAAGCAGCCACAACAGCAGCAGCAGCACCGACGAAUAAAAGCAACAAGAAAACAACGCGCGACUCAUCGAGCGGCGAUAAAUUAUCACCUGUUGCGGGGGAUUUCGGCGCCAGAAAUAAAACGACGGCGCACGAAGGCGCCGUCAGGAGCGACGAUAUUUUCGCGAUUUCGCGCGAGUCAUUUCCCGGGCCGCGUGCCGCAAAGGAUAAACUGGAAAAGUCUAUUUUUUCGUGCGUGGGUAAAACGAAGCCGUCCACGGUUAUCAUUGAGGAGCUUCCGAGUGACGAAGCCUACGAAAAGCCGACGGGAUCUGCGGGCGGCUCUAGCGAGGCAAAGGUGGUCGCGAAGAAAGGAACGUACCUGACAGAAGAGAAAAGUGCCUCGACAAAGAAAUCGUGUGCGAAUAAAAAUAAGGAAUCGAUUUCUCUCGAGAAAGAAAGCGAGACUAAAACGCCCAAUAAAGUUCAGACGACUGACAAGUGUUGCGAGAAAUCGAGGAAAACUGUCGGUUCUAACGAGGCAAGGAUGGAAACGAAGAAAAAGACGGAAGAGGAGAGGAGAGAUACGCCGCUAAACAAAAAAUCAAAUGUAGACAAGAAUAAAAAGUUAUUUUCUCCUGAAAAGGAGGGCAAGACUGAGGCAAGAAUGUCAACCGAAGUUGUAGCUAACGAGUGUCGCAAAGAAAGCACAAAAUUGGAAUUGGAUCUCCAGAGAUUGGAUAACAUCGAAUCUCCUUACGAAUUUCUACGUUUAUGGCAAUCUCUGAAGAAUGAUGUUAAUCUGGAGUUGCACGCGAAACUUUUGCGAUGUAUAGCACAUGAAGAUAUGAAUAAAAUCAUAGGCAAUAAAUUGGAUGCGACAAUGUUCAGUCUUAUUCUACGUUGCUUGGACCAACAAUUCUGCACGCCGAAAGAUACGGAAUUGCUCACAAAUCUGCUGUAUUCUGUGAGUCGAUUGAGUCGAUUCUCCAUUAUCAGCAUGUUCGUGGAUUCCAGGGAUAAGAAAGCUCUGGAAAAUAUAUUGCGUUUCCUGGAAAAGGAGAAUUCACCCAAAGUCUCGCAAUUACGUCAGAUCUAUGUCACUUGAAGACCGCGUCAUCGAAUAUAAUUACGCAUAUGCGUUAAUUCUCUAUUGAAUAUUAGAUUAUUUAACAAAAAAAGAAUACAAAUUUGAUUGCAACUAGGAAUGUAAGAAUAGACUACUCACCGUAACCCGAGUGCUCAGGCGAAGAGCAGCAAUCUCCCCUCGCCCCCCCCCCCCUCUCUCUCUCUUUCUCUCUCUCACUUUCUUCGUCGUGGUAAUUCUUCCUCGGCGAUUCUCGGCGAAAA